CAUACAUAUAUUAGCGCCAUACACAAAAGAUAACAAAACUAUUCCAUCCCCCAUUCACGGAAUCUGUAGAAAAUAGCGGAAUUUGGAGAGGAUCAAUGGCGUGCUACGUAGAAGAAGAAGAAGUCUGGAAAUGCCCAACCCACCCCACCAAGAGGCGGCGCAACGGCAUCUGCCCCAUCUGCCUCCGCGACCGCCUCGUUACCCUCUGCCCCGAUUGCGCUCACGUCCGCCCCUGUGGCUGCGUUGCCUCCACCGAGUCUUCGUCGUCUCGUCGCCCCUCUUCGUUCGGCCGCGUCUCCAACCUCCUCGACGGCGAGCCCUCUUUCCGACGCUCGAGAUCCCUUGCUAUCCCCUUCCUCCGCACGAGAAACAGUACAGAACCAACGCCGAACAACGGCCGCACCAAGACGCCGUCGUUGCUAUCGGUAUUAAAGAGGGGUAAGACGAAGCCAAGCGAGCAGGCGAAGGAGAUGAACAAGGAGACCCCCGUUAAUGCCGGUAGCAACGACGAGAAUUUCGACAGCCAUAACAGAAUUGAGGAUUUCGCGAGAAUGGUUACGAGAUCAAGGUCCGUCAGCACGGGCACGGCCGCGAUGGCGUCUGGUCUCCGGCGUGUUGACGUCAAUUCGUCGCCGGCGAAGUCGAAAUUUUGGCAUUUCCCGAGCCCGAUGAAGGCGUUCCGAAGCUCCAAGACUCCCAAGAUUCCCGUACAAGAUCGAUCGCCUUUGCCCAGAGGUUGAAUCUUCUCGUUACUUUUUAACUUUUUCCCCAAUUUUUAACAGCAGAAAGGGUUUCUCUCUAGCUUUCCCCCAAACACUGUAUUGAUCACACGCCGUACUCCAUUAACAAAAUAAAAGUGAACUAAUCAUUUUUUACUC